CAGCCUCACACCCUCCCCUGUCAAUCGGGCACACUCUUCACUUACUCAAUCCCUCUCCUCCAAUAUUCUCUCUCAUCACCACCACAAUGAGUAGCUGGAAAACCCUAAUUCUCCGAAUCGGCGAAAAAUGUCCCGAAUACGGCGGAAACCUAGACUUCAAAGAACACAUCGACAGUUGCUACGCCAUUCUUUGGCGCGAAUUAGACCAACAAGAAGACCACGAAAUCCUAUUCUACGUCCUCCAAUGCGCCGAACAAUUGCCUCACAAAUCUCCCUUUUACGGCACCUUAAUCGGUCUCCUAAACCUCGAGAAAGAAGAUCUCGGCAAAUUAGUAGUCGAAACCACUCAUUCCAAUCUUCAACAAGCAAUUCAGUCGGAAAAUUGCGACAGAAUUCGUGUUUUGUUGCGAUUUCUCACUGUUUUGAUGUGUAGCAAGGUUCUUCAACCUGCUUCUUUGGUUGUUGUGUUUGAGACUUUGCUUUCGUCAGCUGCUACCAUUGUUGAUGAGGAGAAAGGCAAUCCUGCUUGGCAAGCGCGCGCUGAUUUUUAUAUAAGUUGUGUUUUGUCAUGCCUUCCGUGGGGAGGUGCUGAGCUUAUGGAGCAACUUCCUGAGGAUAUUGAUCGACUUUUGGUUGGGAUUCAAGCUUAUUUCAGUAUUCGGAGACACCUUAUUGAUUCUGGCUUUUCUAUUUUUGUGGAUAUUGCCAAAGAUCACACAUCAAAUGAUAAGGAUUUCCUGGAAGAUUUAUGGGGUCGAAUUCAGGAUUUGUCCAACAAUGGUUGGAAACUUGAAAGUGUUCCCAGGCCCUACCUCUCUUUUGAAGCUCAGCUUGUAGCUGGAAAGUCUCAUGAUUUUGGGCCCAUUAUAUGCCCUGAGCAGCCAAGAUUGCCGUCUACUACUUCCAGUGUUGCCUUUGGUAGACAGAAGCAUGAAGCUGAUCUGAAAUACCCACAAAGAAAUCGCAAGCUAAAUAUAUUUCCUCAAAAUAAGAUUGAGGAUUUGGCCCCUAUAGAUCAGUUCAUUAUGGAAGAGUAUCUGUUAGACAUUUUGUUGUUCCUGAAUGGCUGUCGGAAAGAAUGUGCUGCUUACAUGGUUGGCCUUCCAGUACCCUUCCGCUACGAGUACCUCAUGGCCGAGUUAGUCUUCUCACAACUCCUUUUGCUUCCUCAGCCACGAUUCAAGUCAACAUAUUACGCUUUAGUUAUCAUGGAUCUUUGUAAAGCGCUUCCUGGGGCAUUCCCAGCAGUUGUAGCUGGCGCAGUACGUGCUCUUUUUGACAAGAUUGCUGAAUUAGAUACGGAAUGUCGAGCUCGGCUGAUCCUUUGGUUUUCUCAUCAUUUAUCGAACUUUCAAUUCAUUUGGCCCUGGGAAGAAUGGGCCUAUGUCUUGGAACUUUCAAAGUGGGCUCCCCAACGUGUAUUUGUUCAGGAGGUUCUGGAAAGAGAAGUUCGAUUGUCUUACUGGGAGAAAAUCAAGCAGAGUGUUGAAAAUGCACCUGGCUUAGAAGAGUUACUUCCUCCAAAGGGUGGUCCAAACUUCAGAUAUAAUGCAGAAAAUGGCCGGAACAAAGCUGAGUGGCUUGCUUUGUCUGAAGAACUGAAUGGCUUGGUUAGAGGCAGACAAACUGUACGAGAAAUAAUAUCAUGGGUAGAAGAAAAUGUGAUUCCUGUGCAUGGGUUGGAAGUGACUAUCCAAGUAGUGAUUCAAACUUUAUUGAAUAUUGGAGCGAAGAGCUUCACUCACCUAAUGACUGUUUUAGAAAGAUACGGCCAAGUCAUUGCUAAGGUAUGUCCAGAUGAGGACAGGCAAGUCAUGCUAAUUAAUGAAGUUAGUACUUUCUGGAGAAACAGCACUCAGAUGACUGCCAUAGCCAUCGACCGUAUGAUGGGUUAUCGUCUGAUCUCUAAUUUGGCUAUCGUGAGAUGGGUCUUCUCUUCAGAAAAUGUGGAUCAGUUCCAUACAUCAGAUCGGCCUUGGGAGAUUCUCAGAAAUGCUGUAAGUAAAACAUACAACCGCAUAUGUGAUCUAAGAAAAGAAAUCUCCUCACUGAAGCAACGUCUUCAGUCAGCAGAAGAAGCAACAGCUAAUGCUAAAGCAGAACUAGAAACAGCUGAAUCAAAACUUACACUUAUGAAUGGUGAACCCAUUGUUGGUGACAAUCCUAUCAAGUUGAAACGCCUUAUAUCUUCUUCUGAGAAGGCUGAAGAGGAAGAGGUGGCUUUACGGGAAUCCUUGGAGGCAAAAGAAGCUCUACUUUUCCGUGCCCUCGGUGAAAAUGAGGCCUUGUUUCUCUCCUUGUAUAAGAAUUUUUCCAUCGUUCUGCUUGAUCGUCUCCCCAAGGGCUCUGCAAUUGGGACAUCUCGUAGCCUUCGCGCUAGUCUGAUUGACACAAUGACAGUAGAUUCUGAUGAGCCAUCAGUAAUGGAUAUAGACCAAGAGAAAGGUCUAAAUAGUGUGUCAAAUGGGGAGAAAGGAUCUGCUGCUUACAAUUUAAGUGAAACUGACCAAUGGGGUUUAUCGACACUGGGAUAUGUUAAGGCAAUCACUAGACAAUAUGCUUCUGAGAUUUGGCCUCAUGUUGAGAAAAUAGAUGAAGAGAUCUUGAGUGGAAGUGUGCACCCGCUUUUCAGGAAAGCUGUUUAUUGUGGUCUAGGUCGGUAACUGAUGAACAAUUGCAAACAUCUGUAACAGAGAAGCAGUUUAUUGUGGGGUAGGUAGUUUUAACUGAUAAGACAUUGGACACAGGUGUAUGUGUAUCAGGAAAGCAGUUUAGUUGUAAAGUAGGAAUAUUUUUUAAGGUGAUAUGUCAUUCCCAGUUUUAUCUUGAUUUUGUCCGAGAAUUUUAUGUUUUGUAACAGCUGUGAGUUCAUCA